AAAACCGAAAUAUUUACAAAUAGUGCAACAAAAAAAAGGACAUUUCCCUGAGAAAUUAACUAGCUACGUGUUUUUACUUAAAACGUAAAAAUUUGAUUGUGUGUAGUUAUUUAAGGCAUGAUAAAGUUUUGGAAAAGUGCAGCAAAAGGGAAAUCUGGGUGUCCUGUUCGACCACCUGAGUCGCAGUCGCUAAAUAAUCCGGGAUAUCAACUCUUGUCUGCUGAUCCAAGUGCUGAAGAAGGGGACGAUAAUAUAUUUGAGAAGAAAUCUCAACUGUCUCUAACAUUACAAGAUAUUUUGUAUGAAAGAAAAUGUAUAAAACAUUUUAUAUCGUUUAUGGAAAGUAUAGACAAGGGACUACUUAUAAACUGUUGGUUGGAACUAGACGAGUACCGGUUACAGUUGCAAAGCGUACCAGAUGAUACCAAUAAAAGUUGUCAUAGUAAAAUGAAUCAUUCUAAAAGUUUUGAUUAUAAUUCAAUAAAAUCAGCAACAGAUGCAGAAAAUAUCCUUAUGUCACAAAUGAACAGCUGGAUGUCAAGCUCCAACAGUUUGAACCUGAGUAAGCUUGAAUCUAAAUCUGAGGUACAUAAAAAUGAAUCAUCAAAUGUUACAGAUCAAGCUAUAAAUUUGUUUAAGAAGUAUAUAGCUUUGGAAGCUCCACAUAAGCUUAAUUUAACAGAUGAAGUAAGGAAAGUUGUGAUAUCUAACAUUUGCAAUCCAGAUGGAAAAAUUAAGGAAGAUUGUUUUAAGCCAGUGCAAGAUACUUUACUGUGUGAAAUAACAAAAUGUUUUAGUGACUUUCAAAGUAGCCCCCAGUUUAUAAAAUCGCAAAUAGAUAUACUAACUAGCAGUAGGAUAAAUCUUAAAGAUAUUUUAUAUAAUGAAACUAUACUAUUUUAUUUUACAGAGUAUUUGGAACAGGAAUCUUGUAGUGUGCUUCUAGAGUUUUUAAUUUCUGUUUCUCAUUUUAAAGACAAUCUAGCAAGUGGUAAAAAUGCAACAGUAGAAGAGACUCAAAGUGAUGCAAUUGUUCUUUACGAUAAAUAUUUCUCUCUACAAGCUACCAGUCCAAUUGGGUUCCCAACUGAAAUUCGAUUGAAAGUAGAAAGUGACAUUUGUAGUGAAUUGGGCCCUGCAGGCACAUGUUUUGAUAUCCCUUAUAGAAUCGUAUUUAGGACUCUCACUAGCUAUGUUAAAAUAUUUUUAGAAUCAGAAAUAUACUACAAUUAUCUUUCGGAGAUGAUCAAGUCUGUAGAUCAGAUGACUUCUCAAAGCAAAGCACAUUCCGACUGCAGCAGCGAGCUGAGUGUUAGCACACAAAAUACUCUGUUGGCAAUGGGGGAUGUCUAUUUAAGAAAAAAACGUAAUCAUUCUGUACCUGAUAUGACAAUUGACUCUCACCAACUCUACAAUGCAGAUGCUUUAUGGCAACGAAAGAAACACGAUGGUUUAACUUUAGGAAGGAUAAAUAGUUUAGGAAGGUUCGAGUCUAAAUUUGAGCCUGACCCUGAUAAAAAAAAUAAAUCUGUUUUGAGAAAAAUGGUCAGCAAAUUUGUUCCUGCGAACUCUUCUGAUGUCAAAGAGGAAAUGGCGUGGCAGAUAGCCCACAUGAUAGUCAAAGAUGUAACAGAUCUAACUAUGGCACCACCGGAAAAUUAUCAAGAGUAAUGUGAUAUAAAUUGUUUAUAAAAUAAUUUUGUAUAUAACCAAUAUAUUAAAAUAUUAUGUUCAAUGUUGUAA